UGGCGACACUUUGGAAAAAACAGGGGAGGGGGUGGAGGCAGCAGAGGGGGUUUUGGGGUGAUGGAAUUGGGGGGAGGGGUGUGGGAUAUGGGAUGCAAUGAGCUUGUGGGCUUGAUUGGUAGUCUCUCUCUGUUUCCCAGACAUACACACAUUGACUAUGUUGGGGAUCCUACUAUAUCAGAUUUUUAAAAUAUGUUUAUGUUUCAACCUUUAUAUUAAUCUUUUAAAUGGCAAUUAUGCUUUUCCUUUUGUCUCACCCAUUGUUUCAUUAUUGUAAUUUUACGUUUUGUCUUUUUCCUUUCUUUUGUCUGCUGCUCAGAGAUCAGUGAUCGAUCACGCGCACAGAAAGCCUUUUCUUUUCCCUUUGUUCCGGUCAAUUUGGAUCAUUUGCAAUAUCACGGCACCCCACCAGCAUCAUCAACAGGCACACAGGCAUCACCCUCUCCUUCCCUUUUCCCUUCUGUCACUCCCUCUCUUUCACACACUCCCCAUCUCUUUACUUUGCAGCAAAAUGGUGCAUAAUGGGAGCAAGAAGAGGGUUGAAAAGACAAUGGAGUAAAUUAGCAAUAUUUCUUAAUGGGGAACACUCCACAAGACCAUGAACAUCACAGACGUAUAUUGCUUUUGUCUGGAGUCACUACCUCGCCUAUGUAAAAUAGAUAGGAAAAUUCUGUCAUUGUUCACUCACUCUCAUGUCCUUCUAAUCCUGUAUGUAUUUUUUGUCCAUAUAGUGGAAUCAAUAGGAACUGAUCAUUGGUUACCAAUAGACCUAAGUCUGGGUACUGCCAUAUUUAAAUUUUGACACAAAUUAUAAUGAGGCUGUGGCAGAUAGAAGUACUACAGCAUGCUUUCAAUGGAUUGAACUGUCGUUUAACAACAUACCAAUUGUGCAGCUGCUGAAACGUAUUUAUGAAGAAAAAAACAUUCAGUAGACAAAAAACCCUUAAAACAGUUUUUAAAGUUGUGAGAUGGUGAAAAUGAUCUGAUCUAUGACCUUUGUACAGUGCGUACAAUUGUGUCUUUCCCUCACAGCCUAGUUUUCAUCUAAAUUCAGUGUAACAUCUAACCUGACUAUAUUCUUCCAAAUAUCUUCUUUUAUGUUCCACUUAAAAAAGAAAGUCAUGCAGGUUUGGAAAGACAUGAGGGUGAUUGAAUGAUUACAUAGUUUUCAUUUUUUUGGGAGGACUAUCCCUUUAAGAAUCCUACAUGAGCCUACUAUAUACAUUUUACAAUGAACUAGAGAAAUGUAGAGUUUUGCUAUUUGUUUAUAAAUUUUGAGAUGUUAAUUGUAACACAAGAAAUGAGUACAUAAGAUUAUGUAUAUCGCCAAAGUCCCUUUUUCAUUCCUGUCAAAUGAAAAUGCACACUUUUGUAAGAAAUAUUGCUGUGACCAUGUGGUAAUUAUUUCGUCAUGACGAUGUAAUCCGUAAACAGAAUUUUCAAAAGAUGUUUAGUUUCAAACAGGUUGAGGAAUAAUGUAACAGGUCCAGGAAUAACAGAAAUGUUUGCUAUGAUAGUAAAACUGUUGCUUUUCAGCUCGGUAAUUAACACAGUUUUGAAUUGCUAUCAGUGCUUUAUUGAUGUCGAUGACAGUCUACGAUUGUGCUGGGGCCAUAUUCUCACCGAAUACAAUAUAAGAAAUGUAGACUCUUGUUUCAUAACACUGGAAAGCAUAUUCAACAAUGAAUCGAGAGUAAUUGAAGCAGGAAAAGUAGGGAGAGGCUAUGACUUGAUGCUGAAGAAUAUCUUGAUGGCUGAAAUUAUGCCUAUAGUGGAGGAAUUUGACCAGCAGAAAAAUAAUGAUACAGUAUAUAAGUUCAGGCUACGGGCAGCAGCAAACAAUUUCAUUGCUGCAGCCUCAAGGCUGCCCAGAGACUCUGGAUGUUUCCCCCCAUGUGGUUUCCAGGUUCAAGGUGCUGUUUAUAACUGCAUAACCUGUCAGUACGACUCCUGUGAGUUCCCGCUGGAUUGCCCCGUGAAGGAAAUCAAAGUAAAUGAGAAUAACAGGACUCAGAUGUGGUGUAAGGUCCCUUUCCUGCUUCCCACAGAUGCAGAGAUAGUCUGGAGAUAUGCAAUGGAGAAAACGAUGUUGAUGGAUCGGUUUGACGAGGUCACGGUUGGAGUGGAUCCACUUUACUUCAUCCCCUCUGCCCGGCCAGAGCACUCAGGCACCUACCAGUGUGAAAUAUUCUCUCAGGAGCACUCACUCGUCCGUAUCUACUACUACCUCACAGUCCCUAUGGCACAGAUAGGCCAUGCAGAACUACAGGAUGUCUUUGAACAGGCUCUCCUCCCAGGAGGCCAGUUCCCUCCCCUGUCCCCUACAGAUCCAUUCACCUUAUGGCUGCCCAGUCCUGCCCUUGUCACCACCUGUCUGACUGCAAUGCUUCUGCUGGUCUUCCUUAGUCUAGGGAUGCUACAUUGGUUAUCUUAUCAAGUUGGGAACAAGGAGUCUGAUCCAGCUCAGGAAACAAAACUCACAGAAAAGAAGAAAUAUUUGAUUCACUGCUAACGAGAAACACAAUAAAAUAUUAAGGCACAACUUGUUUCACCGGUAAGGCAUUUCUAUUUGAUUUUGGACCAGAUUAUUAAAGAAUAAUUGAAAUAUUAUUAUGUAGAAGUCAGCUUUUAAAAAUGAACAGGAGAACAUGGGAGAGCCAGUGAAUCUGAGUUUAUGAGUGAGGCUGUGCCACUACAUCAAGUUAUAAAGCCUCCUUUAUACUACUAAAUAUAGCCAGACGUGACUCAAGGCGUUACUCCGUUUACAGUCUUUACUCAGUGUUUUGCUGCUGUUGUCCCAACAACCCAUUAGGUCCAAACUGGGCGAGGGAUAUACUUCAUUGUACAGCAUUGCAAUUUUCCAUAAGGUUUGUUAGGACAAUGUGUAUUUUAGAGUUGCAAAUUUUUUUUACGAUGUCUGGAUUUUAUCACAGGGCUUAAGAUUUAAAGACCUAAAGUAUUUUUCCAUAAAUUCCGAAUACAUUUAAAUAAGUAGGUUUUUAGGGAUGAACUUUGUUGAUGACUAUCAUCACCGCUGGUCAUAUUUCUGCUUCUCAUCUUAUUUGGCACCUCUUUACCUCUACUUAUCUGCCCCAAGAUAAGAUGAUGUCCGCCAACUCAGUGCUGAGGUCAUGACUGUUAAGAGAAACCACCCAAAAUGGAAGAUUACACAAUGUCAAACUAAAGUGGAAAAUAGGGAUUCAAAGACGCAACCUGCGCCUGUGCCUCUGGAUUUUAAUGUGUGAAGAUUUUAUGUACGGUUUUAAAAAAGUGCUACUUUAUUCACUGGCUGUUAAAAUAAGCAUCAAACGACAAAACUGACAGACAUCGUCAGGAAAAGUCUCAAUUGGACUAUAAUAAUUGGUACUUGUAUGAUGCAACAAAUACAUUUAGACGGAAUUAUAUGAUGUAGGUAUAAAUAUUGUUUUACAAGACUUCUAUUCUUCCUUUUGAUGGAAUGUGAAAAAAGGCAGAUUUGUGUUUAUUGAACUCCCUUAAGAGUUUCCUUGAGAAAACGAACCAUCCUAUCUAUCAGAUGUGACAUGGAAACUUAGUCAUGUCUUCAGAGACAUUAAUGAGGACUGUUCUUUCCAAAGUUAUAAAAAAUAAAAUAAAAUAAAAAAAACAGUCAAAAUGUUUGAUGACAAUCAACAUGAAAUGACUGUGGAGACAAAAAUGUUUUUAAAACACUGCUGGAAUCCAGCAGAAUGUGUCUGUAAUUGGAUGUCAACUGAAGUAAAAAAAUAAAAUAAAAUAAAUCAUCUAUAGGAACAGCCAAUCCUGUGAAAUCAAACAAUCUGACUAGCUGCAGGCAAAAAUAUCAUUGCAUAUUGAUCAAAAUAUACAAAAAUAGAAUUUAAACAAAAUUGUUUGGCAAUAACUAGAUAUUAUAAAUACUGCAUGCCACCUGAGAAGUCAUGAUCUUGUUUUGCUAUUUUUUAUUUUAUUAUUAUUAUAAUUUUUUUUCACAAAAAAGGGACAGUGUACAUUAGUCAACAUUCAUGAAUAUAAAUGUACCCAAAUUAGCCCGAAGGCUAGUUUUCAUUGGUAGUCCCUUUGCUAGAUGUUAUUAGGCCAAAAAAACUAGAGGAAGCAAAGAAACAAAAUAGAAAAACAAUAACAAUGAAAUUCAACCAAAAAUUAUACAUAAUUCUCUAAAAUAUAGUUAAACAACAAAUUAUGCAAAAUUACAGUUAAAAAAAAAGAAAGAAUUAAGUAAUAAAAAAAUAAGUAUAAAAAGCAGCUUGUCUAGAUAAAUAAACAACAUUACUGUUCACAUUGUUGGUUAUGAAGAAGUCAUUUCUUAAAAAUGAUGCUUAAAUGAGUUAAAUGAUGUACAUAACUAUAUUACAUAUACUAUCAUAUUUUUACCCUUUGUUUAAUUUACAUUGUAUUUUUUUUUUAAAUGCUUAAUAUAUUGUAAGUAGAAAAAAGAAGAUUCUCAUUUACUCACCUUCAGGGAAAAAAAAGAAAAAGAAACAGUUAUUCUGAACAAUGUUUUAGAUGUUUUUGUGAAUACACAUAUGAAUGAAAAACAUUGAGACAUUUUUCUUUUGUGUAAAAUAGUCAUUCCGGUUUGGAAUGACAUCAGGGUAAAUUAAUUAUGAUUUUUCACUUUUGUCUGUAUUACAACUUUGUUUCCUGAAUUAAGCAAAAAUAGAGGAUCGGUUACAUCGGUUACAGUGAUGACAUUAAAUUUAUCAAUGAAGCUGAAUCAUUUGUGGUUGCUAUUGUGGUCUAGCUUUGUUGUGGCACGAUCAGUGUGUGAGAAGUGAAACAGAAAUGACAGUUGGAUGAAUUCACUGCAUGAGGCCAAUACAGCGCCUCUUACUCACAGAAAUCUGUUUCCUCUUUUAAUCAUUCCCAGAUGUGCGGUCUGGGUCUGUAGACCCUCUGACGCAAGAAAGGGAAAAGAGACCGGGUGGGCAGGAUCUGAAUAAUUGCAAACAUUUGUCGAGGACGAAGCAUCAUUUUUGCCAUGGGUUGACUACCAGUAAAAGAGGUUUCUUCAUUUUUCUCAAGCGUCAUCACAAUGAGUGUUGCGUGUUUAAGUCAUUGCAUCUUUAUAUCAGUGCCAGUCUUUAACUGACCAAAUAAAAACAUUACUAAACAAAACAGAAAACACUGGUUGGAAAAUCGCUGGCUGAUGUCAGUAGUGACCGUUUUAUCAACCUCUUAGUGUUGAAUGAGUAACGAUGAUACAGGGCAGGUCCAUUACUGGAAUUUCACUAUCAAAAUAUUUUUUAUUUUGGCAAACAGUUGGUCAUCUGAGUCAUUUCCCAUAGAAUAUGUGUUUAACGUGCUUAAAGGUGCGGUCCGUUACUCUGAAAAUUCUCAAAUGUCCAGUUAUUUUAAUCAGAAUCAAUGCAUUCAGGAGUUUCCCAAAGGCGAUAACUUCCCCAUGCAGAUUCCAUUUGUGUUCAAGUUUGUCUCUUGAAUUUUCUGCAUUCACCAACAGAAAGCUGCUUGGUUUGAAUGUGACUUGUGCUUCAUAUAUCUCUACAUUAUUGACAGUGGACCUUUUUUGCCAAAAAAUUUUUACUAUCUGACCGCACCUACUGUUCCUCAGCGAAAAUUCACAUCAAUCUUGUGGAUUUUGCUUAAAGACGAAAUAUUUCCCCAAGAAAAUUUGUAUUGGGUUCAAGCAUUGACCAACAAAAUCCUGCUUAGUUUAAAAGUAACUUACUUUAUUGAAAGUAUUGAAGGUAGACAGUGGACCAUUUGCGACCUUGCCUUUAAACCCUAUAGAGUUCUUGCUGUAGUCAAGUUAUGGUGUUUAACACUCAUUUAAGACACUUGCAUUUAUGUGUUUUAUCUGUCUUGGGGGAAAAAUCAAUUCUAUAGGCUGUUUAGCAGUGGUGGAUGAAGUACCUGAAAGCCACACAAGUACAGAUAUUUCUGUAUAUUUCUGAAUACUGAUAUUUCAUGUGAUUUAAAACUUGAAAAAAAUUGUCGAAAUGUGAAAUUAAAACUGCCAGGUGGCAGUCAACCGAUUAAUUCAAACGGCUGAUUCAUUCAGAAACAAAGCAUCUGUCACGAUCACGCCUGUGUUGGAACGAGGAGACGCAGGAGAACGCAGGAAAAUCAUCAACAGUCAUUUAAUGAACCAAAAAUAGCCAGGAGAACACACACAGAGCGGGGUGAAGACAUUCAAUACCGGACAGGAAACAAGGGGCAGAACACACUAUAAAUACUCAACUAAACGAGGAGAUGACAAGACACACCUGGAAUCAAAUUAACACAACGAGGACUGGAACAGGAAAAUAACCGAAUAUGGGCAUAUGAGGGAGGUGUAGGAUCAGAACGAGUCAGACAAAACUAAGAUUCGAUCAGAACAUCGAAACAUGAGGAGCCGAAAUUCCAGAAGAGGCCCCAAGAAAACAGGACAACGUCAUAAAUCAGAUUCCUUGCUCCAACCUCUGAAGGAAGCCUAACCAACAAGCCUCUUCCAGAACAGCUUGCAACAUUAAGACAAAAGAACACUUAUAAGUCCAACGCAGGAAGGAGAUCGUCAAAUUGGGGCAAAUAGUCAAGAUUAAUGGUCAAAGAGAUGGCCAUCACAUGUGUUCCACAAGAGAAAUCAUGAGCUUCUUUAGAUUGAAUUUUCCCCCACACAUACAAGACAAAGACUGAGACUGAAAUUCUUUAGGAGACCUUUUAACCUCUCUCUGGUCUUCACCGAACAUAUCCCUAUGUCCUACACAGAACUACACAGAGACUUUCUUUUUCAUAUGCACAUAAAAUCCUAAAAGGACAUUGCUAGGCAUAACACUAUAUUAUGUAUGUAACCAACACGUUAGAUUAUCAUGUUUUAAGCACAUAUUAUGUAUGUCUUUUUAAUAACUAUUGAAUGACUUUAAGGUUUAUUCGUGUUUGGUAUGUAUGAGUUUGACAUUUCUAGCUUGAAACAUUUCUUUCAAUUAAUUCUUUGUCAAAUGUAUCAUAUUCUGGUUAUAGAAAUCAUGUCCAAAAUUAUACUUUGCAAGAGUGUGUAAAAUUCGGACCAUGUGACUGAUAACAUGCUGAUUUAUGAUGGAAGGAACAACCCUAGCUAAGAAAAUAGCCUAUCUAAUUGGUCAAGACACCAAAUGGGAUGUUCCAAAAGCCGAGUUUAAAAACUCAGGACACCAUCAAAUCUCCCCUUCUUGCCCUUCUCGUCCUUCCUCUUCUUCUCGACACCGCGUUUUGACGCUGUUUUAGCGCUCUUUGAGCAUGCUCUGGCCUAUAGGCCAGUUGCUACUUAACACCACGAUGAGAAGAAAAACCACCUAGUCUCGUUACAUUCUUUCUUUCUUUUAUUUUAGUUUAUUUUCCAUUGUGAGUUUCGUGUUCUCAGUUUAAGUUUUGCCGCCACGUCUUGUCUCCGAGUUCAACUCGAGCCUGUGACCGCCUCAAAACUUCAACCAGACCAACUCUGCAUCUUCAGCCAACACCCAAGACAUCCCUUCAACGACUACUGAACUUCCAGCCAAUCACCAACUCGGGAAACCCUUUUUCCUGCAACGACGACGACAAAAGGGAAUCCCUGUAACAAAAAGGCAACGCAAGCAAGUACCUCCAGGUCUAACUGAACUGGCGCAUUUAAUAUAAAUUUUAGCCUCAUUGAGAAACUCAAUGCGAGGGUUAAUUACGUGAUUGAUGGUUGUUCAGGUCUAUGUGAUAGCACAUAUUGCUAUAAACUUGGGAUUUCACUUUCUUAUUCUCUAAAGUCCUCCUUUCUCUCUUUCUGCAACGUAUGAAUGUGUGACUGCUUGUGUUCAUGUGUUAGAUUAGUUUAUGUCUUAGGUUUAUAUAAAUAAAGUCGUAUUUAUAUUUAAAAGAGAAGUAUCUUGUGUUUUGUGCUUACAAGUUAAUG